CUUGAUCGAAAAACAGCAAGAGGUUCUCGUGAACGAGGGGAAGUUUCUAAGCUAGGCUCUGCCCUCCAAAUGAUCAACAUGAGCUCUUUGUCUCUUGUUGAUGUUUCUUCUUUUGAACCAGUGCUUUUGUUUCUUUGUCUGCUGAUUUGCGUGCUCCUCUCUGGAAAAGCAGCUCGGAAGCAUUUCUUUCCCAAGCUUCCUCCUGGUCCCUGGGGUUUACCUGUCGUAGGUAAGAGCUUGCUUAAUAUUUUUAGUGGAACAUUUCUUUCGCGUAUUUCCUAUAUAGUAUUAUUUUCCUCGGCCUCACUGUUUUACGAAUCCAACCAUUUUGUACCUGUUUCAGGCGGACAUUUAUGCAUUUUUGUAUCGGGAAACUCAUAUAAAAAAAAUCAUAUAAGUACGAGUUGCAAUCAGUAGAUGAUAAGUUAAGGAAAAAAACGGCUUCGUUUUUCUCUGAAAAACGGCACAAAGGCUUUCCAGUUGCUUUCAUUGGUUUAUUAACUAAUUUAAUAUUAAUAUCGACUGCAUUUCAGUGGUUGAAAUCUUUGCCGUCUGCUUAGAAGUUAAUCUGUUAAAAUGUUCCGAUCAGUUAAGAGAGGGCUAAAUCUUUUUGUAAGAAAUGCCUGUAAACUGAAAUUAGAGCUUUUAAGAAAAUACUGAAUGAGCUGAGUUAAAAAAAACCCGACCAAACUAUCAAUUGAAACUAACUUGAUGCGACGGAGGGGCAAUUAAUGACCUAAAGAACUGUUCAGACUAUUCAAAAACGCCGAAAACCAGGCCUAAAUUAAGAAAAUCUAAGAAUAGCAUUGAUCAGUGAAAUUUCAAGAAUACUCUGAGCUUGUAUAGCCCAAGUUGUAUUUAACAACUAAAAAAUUUGACUUAUUACGCAACAGUCUCCUGCAUUGUCUUUGGAUCUGUGGCUGUUUACAAAACAAACCGUCCUUUGACAGCAGUUAUAUGAAUUGCUGCACGUCAGAGUUAGUUUAAUAAAUGACAAGCAGGCAGAACUUUGCAACUUUACUCUUGAAAAGGUGUAAAAUGAGUCUGAUCUAGUGUCCCUUAAAAAUGAAUAAAUUUCCGUUGUUACAAAAGGUCUGUGACGGUCUCCGUGGAAUAAUGUCAAAACAUUGGACACUCAUUGCGAUAUCCGACUAGAUUUUUUUUUCAGACGUCUCCUAUCUAUCAAUCUGGUCCACCGAAACCCACUUAAAAGGUCCGCUUUUGUCAUUCUCUAACAUGAUUGUAUUUGGUGCACUUACUUACAGGACUGAUCGAUAGCAAAGUACACGUAGAGUUAAAAGUAAUUUAAUCGAUCCAUUCUCUUGCUUUACUAUGCAGCGCUUGUUUGGGACGGCGCUCUUUCAAGUAUUUACGCGAGUUUUUUUGUACCUCAAGAGUUCGUUACGAAUCACAUAUGGAUCGAUAUGGAAUAAGCAUUCAAGUAUUUUGAACAUCUUAACACAAUCUUUAAUAAUCUGCCUAUUUCUAAAUUCAGGAUUUUGUGAAUCAUUUUCCUAUUUUGGUCAUAUAGUUUUUACAUACUCAAAGCAGCAAAAGGAUUUCAUUCUUUACUCUUUUAAAUAGAAACAACAAUUUUAUUUACAUAGAGCCAAUCCAUUAAUUGUCCUCAGAGCUAUACAAUACUAACAUAUUACAUCAAUGUAAAUCACGAUAAACGAAAUUAGUAAAUUGUUCUUUAUUAUGAGCUUCAUGCGGACCGGAUUCCUUAUUUAUGCUUCCUUUUAAAGGAGCUGUGUCACAAAAUUCAGCCAAAUUAAGAAAUUACAAAAUGCCCAUUAGAUUAAGAGAAACAUAAAAAUAACCGCUCAAAACUUUAAAAGAAGGUUAAAAUAACAUAACAGAAACAACAGAUGCCACGGAUGGGCAAAACUGAAGAAGAUUGACACCGAUUGAAAAAUAGGAUUUUUGAAAACUGUUCAGCCUAACAGUUUUUCAAAGUUGAUCCCUGCUGCUUGCAACUUCAAACAUAAUGCUCAGGAGACAUAUUUGUCUCGGAUCUCUGAUUUUGUCAUUUACGUGUGAUUUUUUUGCCUACUUUAAGUUCCAUAGCCAUUCAGGGCGAGUAAUUUGCAAAAUUAAACAAAAUGAACUGGACUGCAGUGACACAGUCCCUUUAAUUGUGCUGAAAAUAUGCACUGUACUGAGUAGCACAGAUUUGCUGACUAGCUCCAAAUGCGUUGAAAAUAUUCCAUUUGUGUUGUACUGGUUAGACUCAACUGCGAAAAAAAUAUUCAGGUUACGUCAGGUCAUAUUUGGCUUAGUUCAAUCUGGCCCCCAGUUUCAUCUUUUUGAUAACGCGUCCUGAUAAAAAGUAAAAUAUAUCGAGAUAGCAUUCCUGAAUACCUGAACUUGAAAAAUAGUUUUAGAACUUGAUGGCAAAUAUUCAGUAGGAAAUUGGCAAAACAAUCUAAUAGAGCAUCAUUUUCCGGGUUCCUUUCGUCCACUUAAGAAAAAUGUUCUCUGUGUCAACUGAUAUUUGGCAAUUAUUGUACACGGCUAUCGCUGAUAUGAAGAAUUACAGGAUCGGUUAUCAGUACAAUUGACGUCUAGUGUAUUUAUAUGGGCAAACAUCGUUCAAAUCUGGUCAACGCGACUGAGCUGGUUAUGAAGAAUUAGCAAUAGGAUUUAAACCAAUCAGAAACGGAUAAAUGUUCUUGAAAAACAAACAAAUAAUUAUAUAAAAACAAAUAAAAAAUAGACAAAAACUACUGCUGUAUGAAAAUCGUUUAGCUUUCUGGAAAAAAAAAGAGGAAGAAGAAGAAGAAGAAGGUGUCUACGUAAUCUAAUAAGCUAGGAGCCCAUUAAGAGAGAAAAAUUGUCGCGGUCCUGAGCGAAAUCCUCGUAAGAGAAGAUAUGGAACAGUUUAUUAAACAGAUCUGAGAUUCCAAAUCUCUUUAACUUUAGCAAGUCAGCUACUUUUAAAGCUUUUCAAUUCACCGAUAAGCCAACCAAAAAAAGCUUUCCGCCGGUUGUUCCAGAAAAAUAAUCGUCGACGGUUUAAAAAAAAUACAGAUCAUCCCCAGAGAUCUUAACCUUAAUUCACUUCCACGGGUGGCCAAUGCCAAAAUUGACAAAAUUCCAAAUUUAAUACUACUACAUAAAAACGUUUUCAGCUUAAUUUGAAAUACCUACAUGUGGAAAUUACAAACCUUUUGCAGGUAGUAGUAUAAACAAAUAAUAGCAUGAUACGUGAUAUUUGCCAUAAAUACCACUCGUGCUAAAUUCAAAAUUGUCUCAAAUUUCACUAGCCUAAACGUCUCUUGAAAUUACGUAUAUCAAUUUCGAAAUAUCACUCGUGGUAUUUAUGCCAACUAUCACAACAAAUCGUGCUAUUACCUAUACUAACGAGAUGAACACUUAAAACUAAGUGGACAAUGUCAAAGUAAUGCCGAAGAGGUGUGUCAUUUAAAUGGUCACAUGAUCGGAUUUAUUACAGACUGGAGAGUUAGAAAGAAGGACUUGGUCAUUAGGGACCUGAAGCAAGGACGACGACGACGGCAGUGAAAACUUCGGUAAAAAAAUGAAUUUGCGUUCUUUCAAACUUAAUCGUGUCUAUUUGGACCCGCUUAAUAUAUCAAAUGCAGGCGACUUUUCCGGGAGUUAUAUUCUUAAGGAUUUCAUUCAGGUUCAAAAAGAUGAAGGGAAAUUCGUCGUCGUUUGUCCACGUCCUCUAUAAAACAUCAAAUUAGGAGGUUUCACUUCGUAAUCGUGCAGGGGACGUCAAAGAAAUGUACUAAAAAGCGUGAUGCACGUGCAGAGCUGUUGUUUUGAUCAUUAAACUUAUUGCUUUUUUGAAGUCGUCGUUGUGGUCGUCGUCGUAGUUGCUUCAGCUCCCUAUUUACUCUGGGAGAGAAGCUUUAAGCAACGACGUUUUUGAGCGACGUACGUCAACCGGAAGUGAGCCUUUUUCUCUUAUAAUACGCCUUGACGGUACCAAAUUUUAAUUGAUAACUGUGUUUACUCUUCUAGAGACGAUCUGCCCGAAAAUGUGCGCAAGAUCACGGCUCAAGAGUUCAAAAAGUACACUUCCUGUCAACUUGCGUCGCUAAAAAACGUCGCUGCUUAAACUCCCUGGCGCACCAGUACUAGUGACUGGGAAACAGCAUAAAAUGGUAUUACCGUACUGGGCCACUGUUCCAGGGCGCCAAGUGUGAAGGUUGUCUUGCAUGCACUCAUAAUUUGGUGACUCGUAGCUAGUGACAGGUGUGAGCGAGCUUAAGAGAAUUAUGACGUACCUUCGCUGAUAGCGGCGAACGAUUUUUCCUCUGCCUUGGCUUUUCAUUAUAACACGCUUUAUACUAGGCGAAGACCCUCAGGAUGGUUGCCCGCGGGAGGACGUCCAUCGAGACAAACGCAAAAAAAAUUGCGACGAUAAACUCUCUCCAGUUUCCAUUUCCUUUCGCUAUCUCCAGUCCCCCAUCUUGCCGAGCCUCGAUUCUUGCUCGCAGUUUAGACAUGGGUCCAUUGUAUUAUUAGGUCGUUAUUAUUUUACACUGAAAAUUCAAUUAACUUUGUUGCUCAUUUACAAAAUGGAAAGAACCCCGCUGAGAGUAACAUUCUAUUUUUUGACUCAGGUGACUAUAAAUGUUGAACAUGCAGUGCUUUGGUGCAAGGUAGAUCCCAAAAUAGCCCUUUUUAUUCCGAUCAUGGGAAAAAAAUACUUUUGCAUUGCGUUAUAGUGCCAUUGUUCCAAAGGUUACAGACUUUCUAAUUAACUAUUAGUCAUUUUUUUAAGUCUGCAAUUUCUUCUGUACAAGAUCCGAGGUCAUUUUUUAUAUAAAAUAUCACGCAGUAAAGGUGAAAAGUAAUUGUAUGACAAGGUAUAGUGUGCAAAGAGAAACAGAAAAAGGACAAAGAAAAGCAAAAUUUGAAGGGACCUGAAAGAAAACAUCCUACUGCCUUAGGCCCAAACAAAAAGCUAUCAAUCACUUGUAACUGGAAACUGAAAUUUUUGCGGCAGAGUUUGAGUUUUAAGACAAAGACAAUAUCAUGUUCCUGAAUUUUAGAUCACAGUGAAACGCUAACGACCCUAGUGGAGCGUGAGAACCAAGCACCUUCAAGUCGUUUUCAGGUUCGGACGAUUUUAUAUCAAGGCCCGGCGACGAGAACUAAUAAUUAAAAGCUAUAAGGACUUGUUUUUAAACUUAUGAAAAACUCCUACUUCACAAUGCUCAAUGACGAGUACGUACAUUUGUAAGGGCCUCAAAUUACGACCACACCCAAAUCUAGUUGAAGUGCUUAACAUUACAUAAUCAAGGUUAAAAAUAUCAUAGACCUACAAAUUAACAAAAAUAGCCGUUGUAUCACGUCGGGCAUAGAAUUGAAACUUGGUUAAAUUGCAUGGGUCGAGCCGGAUGUCCUUUUUUUUUUUUAAUUGAAAAGGACUUUCACUCUUUCCAAACUUUGCUCGGCUCAGUUCCUCUGGUAGCCUUGCAAACAUGAAGCAUGAAAUCACGAGGGUCAAGUAGAGUUUUUAAUGCAUGGUUGACACCUUAAAGCGCGGUAGAGGGAUUGCAGCCAGGCAGGAGUAGCCAGCUUGAAUUUAACUUACAUGAGAAGAAGCAAUUACUUGUCUGACAUAGACAAUUGAUAGUUUCAGCAAAUCAUAACUUAUAAGAUUACAGAUGCUACCUAGCGCACUCUGAUUCAUCAAAGUUGUUGCUAGCAUAUAUUUUUAAAUGAUUUUAAUAACUGGGUAGUCUCCGCUUGCCCAUGAGGAUAUUAAAUAUGAAGCGAUAGAUGUGACGGCACUCGACUGUCUACAAAUUAAAGAAUAGAGCCUCAAUGACUCAAUAUUGGAGGCUGUAUGUAGACAAUCGAAACACGUCCGGUAAUGGGAAACUCGAUAACAAUUGAAAGUGCAGGGUUAACGUUAACUAUCAUGCUUGGAUCAUUGAUUUUUGUUUUGUCCUUCUGCACAAUAACAGAUAGCUCAACAGUCAAGUCAAUUAAUUCAUUUUGAUGAUUAUUGGAAGAAAAAGAGAUAUCUAGAAUGCAUUGUGCCAGUAAAACCCACCCAAGUACGAAAAACGUCAGUCACAAAUAAACCAGUUUUUCCUUAACAUUUGCCAAAUUAUUUCCUAAAUGAAGACGUUUCGAAGCAACAGAUCUAGAUGUCACCGUGACUCGAACCAAACUUAAAAUUGCAGACACAUUUCAGAAAUCUUUUUUGGAAAGAGUAAAGGUUAUCUAUUGAUGCUUUCGUUCUAGAAUGAUCUUUCCGGCUUAUCUAGUGUUUAGCUAAUGACCCUCUUUGCGCCUUUAUAUUCCCUGCGGCCCACCCUUGCAGUGCUUCAACAAGGAAACAACUUUAUUGACUUCAAAUAGACUUGUUAUUGAGGCUUUCCAGUCAGCUUUGAGGCAAGUCCAGUAGUAACAGUCUUUUGGUACACAAAAGCGCUUUCACCUCUUUGUCAUUAUGCGACAGACAAAUUGCUGCUUUUGACCUUCUUGUGAACAAGCGCGUGGCAAAGAGUUUAUCGUAGAGACCCAAAUUGGGUGGAGGACCACCUUUUAUCACCAUUGUUUUUAAGAAAGGAAAAAAAAUUCAUUCAAGCUAGCUUUCAAUUGAAUCGACAGAUGUUUUUAAAUUCAUAGUCUGGGUUACUAUUUACAAUAUGAUAACUGGCAAAUAUUGCCCUUGAGGGAAUAAUUCAGGAACGUUUUGACAUCUUAGAACUGCAAGCACAAUUAAUGGUACCACUACAUAGGCUACAAGUACUCGACUACAGGGGUCCAGAACGACACAGGACAGCUGGUGUUUAAGCUGAACUUUUGGGUUCAAGAUUUUCCACCAAAUCAUUUGGAGCGACCAACGAAUUUAUUCCGUCUCAUUAUUUAACGUUCACUUACUUGCAUGACCAAAGCCUGCCCAAAGAUUCGUAGGUCUUAAUAGUUGGUAAUCCGUGUCACAUGGAUGGCACGUGUGCGUGAAGUCAGCCCGAAUAACCUUCAACCUUCAAUGCAACUAACAAACUUCUCAACCAAUCACUUCACUCGUCACAUAAGCAGUGCUACCACAUCGCUUACUCCAAUUAUCUUCACUUCAAAUAACUUUGCAAAAAAAUAGCCAAGGCUGUUGACCAAAAUUGAUAUUCAGUCGGGCAGAUAAGCUGGGUUAUUUUUGUGUAUUUCCCUGUGACCCUAGGGCUGUCUAAUCAAAUUUCUCAGCACGAAUACUUCAAAAAUAGCACAGACCAUUGUGGUCUUUUGUAGAAAUUAUUGGUAUGUCUUUGAAGAUUUAAACUAUCAUAAGGUGAAAAGAGUAACAUUACUUUGCGCAACUGAAUUAUUUCUGAAUUCUUUUUCAUUUGAUUUGGUAACCUCUUUUAAACUCUAUUAAUUACUUUCCAGAAGAAGCGAGCUAACUAUGUAAAGUACCGAUAAAGUUAAGUGUACUUUAUUAGAAUCACGUCCCGAGAUAGCAUACACCAGAGAAUACAAAGAGCACUCACUCAAAACGUGCGCUAAUAAAUUACCGUCCUCUUAUUGACCCGAAAAUAAAAGCGUGAUAAUAGCCAUCAAUAACUAGUGGGUCAAUCAGGUGUGUAAACAAUUUGUCGCAUAUUUAUACUCAAUCUCAAUUCCUCUUGAGACCAUAUGAACCUUGGACGCCGGCGAUACAGGGUGUUAACACGAACACUGUAGACAAUUGUUCACUUUUCUCACGUUCAAGCUGUCAGGAUGAGCCUUCUGUUUGCCACUGAAGAUAUAUCCACUUUUGGGCAGAUUUUGCUACUUUGCUUGCUGAUUUGUGUGUUCCUCUCUGGAAAAGCCAUUUGGGAACAUUCUUUUUCAAAGCUUCCUCCCGGGCCCUGGGGUCUGCCUUUGCUUGGUAAGAACUGAGAUUUCUUCCUUAAAUUGUCAAAUUCCUGGCUUUAUGCUUUAGAGAAUCGCCAAUAAUAACCAAAUCUACAAAAGGACUAUUCACAAGUUUUAAAGUCACUGCUAGCGCUCCUUUCAAAAGUUUAAAUUCCGUAACAUGAAAACUAGAGGCCGAAUAUAGUUAACUUAACGACAUCGGCACAAAGACACUGAAAACAAUUCCCAAGAAACAACUGAGAAACUAACGUUUUGAUUUUCAUGUACUUGUAAGCUGUUAAAAAAAUGUCAUGUCUGUAGUUCAUCUAAAAUACCCAAGUUUGCAGUCAGAUUUGUUUCUGAGCAGGUUCUCCACAAACUCUGCGGUUUUGUUAAGCUCACACCAACGUCCCGCUCUCUGAACAAACCUUCCAAAUUAAAUUUAUUCCUAAGGUCGAUAAAAUUGUAAAACAUGAAAACUCUAACAUUGUUCUGAAGAAAAAAUUGUCGGCAAGAAAGGGUCUUUGUUCUCAACUGAUAAAACUGCGUAAUGAAUGUAUAAUUAGGAGGCCAGUCCAUUGCAUGACACGAGCGUACAAGUAAGGUGAAUAUUGCGUGCUCUUAGCGAAGUACAAUAGUGACGAGGCAACCUUUAUUUUCAGUGACAGUUUUUUCAACAGCGAGGAUUGACCAAAUAUGUCUGACGUAUGCUUUUUAUUUUGAUGAGAUGGCGCAAUAUGCCAUUAUCCCAUUGUUACUUAGCAGGUUAUCCUCUGAGAACUGGUUCGUAUAUUAUUUUAGAAGAAGAAAUGAGCGAUAUAUCCAUUUUACAAAGACGACCCAUUGACAAAAAAUAAGAGUAAUAAAAUCCGUGAAUACUUUGUAAAGGUACUGAGAAUGAAAUUAAGACCAACAGAACUUUCCGCUCAGCUUUGCUGGUGUACAACACUGAACUGCUUUGAACUUAAACAACUCUUAAACUUCUAGUGGAAAAAGUGGGUGUUUAAAUAAAUGAGCAAUAAGGUGGCUUAAAAUAUACACCCGCACCCACUUGCGUAGUUUCAAUCCGCAUAGUGAGUCUCACGAGUGGUUGACAACUAAAACAAUUUCCGUUACGAAUUUUCUCUAGUUCAACAUCAACAUUGAUAGUAAACACGCUAGAACUGUAAAAUGUUUUUCCGAGAAGCAAGUAAUCAUUUUAACUAAAGACGUAGACGUGGAAGUAGCCAGCCAGGCAAGGGGAAGGUCCAGUUAAAGAGACAUUCAACUCUUUUACUCAUAACAGCUUUACAAUGUAGUAUCAUGUGAAAGUACUGCUAAAGUUUUAUUUGAAUAGUCAUACUUCAAGAUCCGUCCACAGGCUUGAAAGUUACAUCUACCUAAUUAGGUUCCACUGGGGAGUAAAAAGAUUAAGGGUACUCAGGGAAUCCAAGUUAGGAAGGAGCAGCUUGUCUGGACGCGACAUUCGCAGAGCUAGCAAAUUUGCAAACAAAAGCUAAAAAAAAAACAAGAAAACUGACUUGAGCCCCUUGUGACAAAUGUUUUUGACAUAGCGUGACAAGAUGAGCUGGUUAAACUUUGCAAAUAUAGGAGAUUAAACUCGUUGACACAAGAGUGCUUCCGCGUGAACAAAUUUAUUUAAAAACACAGGAGUCUGCAAGAGCCAAGAAAGAAUUUUCAUAACUGAUAACUAUUUUAACGCUCCAGCGGAAAAAUGACCGUAACAAAAAACAACAUUAGGGCACCAUGCUGCUGUUUUUUCUCUUAUUUAGUCUACUCCCGUUGAUGUAUUCGUCUAAGAAAAAAAGGUUCUUUUUUCUUUUGUGAAAAACGCUUCCAUGAGAUCCCUCGCUGAGUAGUAUAUUAAUCCAUUUGCUACAGUUUUUAAAGCCUGGGAUCUCGGAGUCUCAAUAGGCACACUCACUCGUGCUGCGUAAAAAAAUUACCUAUUUGUCUUGUAGACUCAGUUGUCGGCUGACCUUUCGAAUAACUUAUUUCCGUCAUCUUCGCCUCAUAUAGUUACUGAAAAGAAAUGAUCCUAAGUUGUUGCAGCCAUUUAUAAUAAAUACAUCUUUGAGUUUGUUCAUUUUCCGUGACAGUGCUCUUUAUAUUAAAAGCGUCACUUCUCACCGUAAUUGUCACCCACUUUUACUGAACAGCUCUUUACGAAUUUAUUACUGAGAGCCUUCUCAUUGUUCUCCUAAACAUCAUAGAUGCAGUUUAAGGGUCACGAAAAUGUGAGAUAUUCUCAUACCUUCCGUCACUAUGUUCGUCAUGUUCCAAGCCAAAUAUUUUAGGGGUCCUCUGUAACGAACAAAAUCGUGAAAUGCGACUCAAAUUCCGUGCACCACACGCCGACAAUGAAUGGAACAGUCAUCUAGAAAGUUUAUCAAUAAGCCUUUCACGAGUUAUAGAAAUUUUUACGUAAGAUUUACUUUUUCGAACAGUUAAUGCACCUGUGUUUUGUUCAAGAUUUCUUAACACAGGAGAAGAACGCACACGACGCACCGGUCCAGCUGAGUCUAUUUAAAAUAUGAGGAAAUCUUACCGGAGAGAUUUAACCGCUGGGGUUGAAAAAGAUUUAUUUGAGUCUAUACAUCGCCAUUUCAGUGGAUUUCUGAAGGAAUUGAGAGGCUACGGAAUGUCGCUCACUAAGAACAGCGUAGUUUGCAAGACGGUUAAGGAGACUUGACCUCCAAUUUUCCUUAAGAACUCUAAUUGUGGCGAACACUAUAUAUAGAGAUUUGAAAAACCGAUAAAAAAGGAAGCUUAAAAGAAAUAAAGGAUAGUGGGUACUUUAUUGACAUUAAAAUUAAAUUAGACGCAAUACUAACUUAGCGUAGCGCUUUUAAAUGGUGCUUUAGAAAGUCUCUCUAAUAAAGCACUAUUUGCUGACUACUACAAAGUAAUCCAGAGAAGAAAUCAACAGACUGUGAAGAAUGACCGAUUUUAAAACGCUUGUUGCUCAUCGGAUUUUGUUUUGCAAACUAACACAAAUUUCUCCAAUAAAGUUGCGUCGUGUGUGACAGCUUUUGCGACAUCAUCGAACUUACCAACCGCAAAGAUUAGUAAACAUGACGGUGCAAACCUCAGCUGAACAAAAUGUGGGAAACCGAGCAAUUAAGUGGCUACCACACAUCUGCAGUAAUUAGUUCAAUCCUGAGUUACAAAAUUUUGUAAGCCCCUGCUGCUUGACCUUAAACAAGAGAAGCUGAUAUCAAUGGCCUAUUAUCUUUACGUUUAUUGCAUAUUAUCAAACAUACCCACAACAAAAGAACAAUUGACAAUGUAUAGUGGCAACCCUAUUUAUAUUGCACGCAUCGCUUAAGCCGUUACUAAUUUCAGAGACGUCAAGGGCAUAUCGUGCCAGUUUCCUUAAGUUCAGGGAGAUUACGAAGCGACAUCGACCAAAACCGCUUCCUAUAUGAAACUAGAAAAAAAAUCGUGCAUUCUAGUAUCAAUAGGCUACAGACAAUGGGUUUCCUGAAUUUUUGUGUAGGCUAUAUUGUCACCACAGAUUGGCGUUCCUGAAAAAGAGGUGUUCUUUUUAAACCUUUCGAACGAAACUCACGGGUUGCUUACGGCGCCUUUUUUUCAAGGGUGUUCCUUUUCAUACUCUUUUAUCGCAUAGCAUGAACGAUAUCGAUACUGAAAAUUGUUGUUUGCAUUACGGCUUUGCUGUUAAAGAAUAUGAUUGACCACGGCUUGGCCCCUUUCAUAAGCAGUUCCUUUAAUGAACACAACGCGUGACUUUUGCCUCAACAAAGAAAACAACAUCUACUCAAGUCGGCCCCGAAGUAUCGGUUUGAAAAAGAAAAAAAAUAAAGGAAGAGCAAGUGAUUUGCUUUGGCUUAGCCCCUUUCCUUAAAUUUCUUAACAGCUUCAACGCGUGACUUUUGCCAAAAGAAAAAAAAACAACGUCUAUUUAUAUCCACCCCGGAGGGCCCUUUUAAAAAUGAAAAAAAGGUAGAGGUAACGUUAUGUAAUCAGCCGAAAAAAAAAAAGGAAGGUUAACCCGCUCUGAGAUAAGCAAAAUAGCACAUACAGACGUCGCGCAAUAAGCGAUUCCUUGACUAACUCUGGGACAUAUCAUUCUGUGUUCAUUCCUGGAACAGGUUCUCUUUUAACAUGAUGUUAAAAUUUCAAGAUAUUCCCAACAGCAUCACAAUGUCGUCUCUUUCUUUUUCUCAAUUUUAUAUUCAUACUACUUCCUGUUUUUCUCUAGCUCCGGCCACACUCCGGUGAAACAUUCUCAACACCGCUUACCGAUUAAACUAAUUAUGUCCUAGCAGUUAGCUAACAAGCUACUUUUAAACCGUUUGUCCUUGUCUCCAAAUGUAGUUUUUCACUCUCUUUUGUUGAUAAAGAUAAAAAGCGCUUUCCCAACAGUUUCACACAACAACGAAACGUUUGUUAUAAAUAUCAUGAGAACCCUCCAGGCUAUACUCAACAAUUUCACAGUUGUAAUACGUCAGCUUUCGACAUUUUCCGUAUUUCAACUAAUGCAUUCUUAUUAUCAUUCUUAGGGUCAUGUUUCCGCUUAGGAAAGAACCCACAUCUUGACUUCACAAAAAUGGCCCAGAAAUAUGGCGAUGUAUUCAGCCUAAUGCUUGGAAAUCGUUUGGUCGUGGUGCUGAACGGAUUCAACGCCAUCGAAGAAGCCUUGAUCAAGCAGUCGACUGCCUUUGCUGGAAGGCCACAACUGCACACCUUCAAGCUGGCCAAUCGAACAAAUAGCAGCAUCACGCUCACGGAUUACUCACCUCGUUGGCGUCUUUCUCGAAAGAUCGGUGUAAGUGCGAUCCAGAACUUCGUGAAGGACAAAGAUACCCUGGGACAGAAACUGCUUCAGGAAUCUCAACGCCUGGUUCACUGUCUCAAGCAGCAGAAAGGGAAACUCGUAGAUGUUCACCUACCUCUGCAGUGCGCUACCUCCAACAUAAUAACCGAUGCACUGUUCGGAGUCAGCUGGUCAUACAGCAACAAAGCUGUCCAUAACAUGCUUCAACUGGCUCAUAACUUCCGAGUUGCUAUAACAGCUUGCAGCCAUGUUGAUUUCCUGCCAUUGCUAAAACAUUUGCCUAGUAAAGCGCUUUCAGAUCUUACCGCUGCAGUCAAAUCUGUGUUGGAUGUCAUUUCCCAGUUGUAUGCCAAAAAUACAGAGACUUAUGUUGGGGGACAAGUUCGUAACAUCGCAGACAGUAUUAUCAACGUCGUCGAAAAGGAAACUGAAAAAGAAAGAGAAAAUCGUCCACAAGGAGAGGACACGUUAAGUAUGGCUCCUCUGCUUAGUGACGAACAGAUUAUCCGGGUGUUGGGAGAUUUAUUUGGUGCUGGGUUUGACACUUCGGCCAUUACUCUUCACUGGAGUUUGGCAUACCUCACUAAAUAUCCCGAGAUACAGACCCAGAUACAGGAAGAAUUAGACCUCGUGAUCGGCCGAGAACGCCUGCCUACUCUCCAAGACAUGCCAUCACUUCCCUUCUUUCAAGCAGCAGUCUACGAACUGUUUAGAGUGACUUCUAUCGCUCCUCUUUCCGUUCUACGCUCCACGACCGUUGAAACAAACAUCCGGGAUUUCACCAUCCCUAAAGAUACGGUCGUCAUGGUCAAUCUGUGGUCAGUGCAUCGCGAUCCAGAAAUCUGGAAAGAUCCAGAUGUCUUCGAUCCUAGCCGUUUCCUGGAUGGAGCAGGACAAGUGAUCGAUCCCAAGUUCUUCCGAGGAUUUAUGCCGUUCUCCUGCGGUCGUCGCAAAUGUCCUGGUGAUGUUCUGGCCACCAAACAAGUUUCUGUCCUGCUUGCCGCAUUGCUUCACAGCUUCCGCUUCACUCAGGAUGGUUUGCCAGCCGACUAUAAGGGCAUUAAUCUUCAGGGUGAAUUUGGUCUUACCUUGGUGCCCCAGAAGUUUUACGUGAAAAUAGAAGAACGAAAUUGAAAAGAACUCUGGCAAACAAACACUUAUUAGAAACUUAUCGUUGGUUAUUUGAGUGUUGAAUUAGCUUGAUGUGGUGCUUUUUU